AUGGCCUCUCCCAUGCCACCAUUUGCACAAGCGCCGGGAGCCGCGUCAGCAGCGGUGACGGCGCCGGCAGGUUCCGCUGGUUCAGCCGGCGGGCCUGUAGACCACUACCCGCAGCCGUUAGCGACGCACGAGGCGAUUCUGGGGGACCGAGUGCUGUUCCUUGACUUGCUCGCACGGUUUCACAACCAGAUGGGAGGGUCGCUGAGGAUCCCACAGAUGGGAGGGAGGGAGCUGGACCUGCACCUGCUGUACCGUGAAGUCACAGGCCGAGGGGGCUUGAUGCAGGUGAUAGCGGAUCGCAAGUGGAGGGACGUGACGAUCCCCUUUGACUUCCCCCCUACCACCACCAGCGCCUCCUACGUCCUCCGAAAGUUCUACAUCAACCUAUUGCACCACUUCGAGCAGACCUACUUCUUCAACCGCCAGGGACCCCUCGUUCCCCCCCCUCGUGAGUAG